UUUUAUACCCUGGAUAUAAAAACAAAAUAGAAGAGAGAGCAGCCUAUUAUGUGUUCAAUUUACCUAGAAUACAAGACCUGGCUACUGGGAUUCUGAGAAGGACUUGCAGAGGUGACAAGUUGUGUCAGCUAUAGAAUCUGAAACUUUUUAUUUUUUGAUACCACUUGGAAACUGUUUACCGCACAGACCUUACAUAUUCAGAUGAACACACAGGUGCUAUGCUGAGGGGAUUGGGUAUUGCACCAGCCCCAUCAGGCCACAAGUGGAAAUUUCACAGUUCUGUUGGGGUGGAUUGUAGUAACGCUGAACCCUGCUGCAUUUGGCUGGCAGUUCUGAGGGGGGUAUCCAAUCACACAUCACUUCGUCCAACAGCAGUCACACCAACAAGAAGAACCGGUUCCAGGUUUCACUUGUCUUGGACGAAAGGCCAGAAUGAUGGGAUUGUGUCAUCCGACAAAAACAGAAGCAACCAGGUGCCAUCAACUGAAGUGGCAGCAAUGUCGCAGGAAGGCCCACGGACCAUUAUUCUCCAGAAGAACUCACAAGGUUUCGGCUUCACUUUGCGCCACUUCAUUGUGUAUCCACCAGAGUCGGCCCUCCAAAGCCUCAAGGAUAGAGAAAAUGAUAAUUUACCAGGAAAAGCGGAGAGUCAGCGAGCUUGCUUGGAGCCAAUGGACACCAUUUUUGUGAAAAGUGUGAAAGAAAAUGGCCCUGCUCAACAAGCUGGACUGUGUAUUGGAGACCGACUGGUGAAGGUUAAUGGGGAGAGCAUUCUGGGGAAAACCUAUUCUCAGGUUAUCACACUCAUCCAAAACAGUGAGAACCUUUUGGAGCUCACUAUAAUGCCAAAAAAUGAGGAUGUGUUGCAGUUGGUAAGUGUGUACUCCCAGAGUGUCAACUCCAAAGGUGUUAAACCGUACUCAGGUGAGAUCCAGAACCUCCUGGAACCGCCGCAUCUCAGUUCCCUGGCCUCCGGUGUGAGCUCCACCCUGCAGCACCCCACUUCCAACUCUCCUGGUCCUCUGGACAACUGGCCACACAAUGGCAGAAGUGCCAUCUCACCACGGGACAACCAAGCCCCUGCUACCUCUACCUCCACCUCAGGCCAACCACAGGCUCCAGAAGAUUCCAGCAGACAUUUUGCUCCACCAUGGCAAUACCAGGGCUGGAAUUAUGCAAGCCUGAAUGCAUUUGACUUCCAUUUUGCUAACCAUAAUGCUGCCAUUACCUCUGCAACGCUGCCUCCACCUCGAAGGAGUAGUCUGCAGACCUCUUCACGUGCUCACAGCAAUGCACUCUACCACCAGGCUCUGUCAGACUGGUACUACAGCCAACCAGAAGCAGCAGAACACAUUUCCCCCUGCCAUUUAAGUGUAUCUCAGAACUAUCUAGCCGAGCUGCAGCUGGGUUCGCCACCCAGGCCCAGAUUUAUACCCAACCCUAUGACCUUUGCAGACCACAGAAGAGAAACUUUCCUCCAUCAUCAGAGAGCAGCAGGUGUUAGGCAUGACUCUUACUGGCUAGGUGGCUGUGGCACUAGAUUGGGUACUGCUAGCAAAUCAUGCUCAGGGAGUCUGCUGGCAGCCUAUGCUGAAUAUGAGCACAAUUAUGGCCGCUUCGUGGAAACACUGGCAGAAGCCUCAGCUCUGGUCUCACAACAUUAUGAACAGACUUCACCAAAUUCCCAAAUGACAAGUAAAAGAGGAGAGGAGAAGCAGAAAGCUCCAGAAGGACAUGAACAUAAAACUACAGUGAUCCCCCCAGUGUUGGCUUCCCCCAUUGUGUCACUUGGCCACAUGCAGUCAGUUCAGCAGGUGGCAGAGCCCCAAACAAGAGAGUUGGAGGAAGAGGAAGUGGUAGGGUACAGAAGCUAUAGCCCCUCAUUUUCCCUCAAAGAGGGCAGUCUUCUCCAGCAGGCCCACUCUUUCAGAGAGCCUGCUUACAGUGGCCCUCACCUCAACUCGGGGUCUGGCACCAGAAGAGAGGGUGCCUUUUCCCGUCUCCAGUCUACACCUGCACCUCUGACUUUAGAUGAGAAGACGAAGCAGCUAAGGGAUGACAGAGAGGUCAUCUCCUCUGUAUCCCCAGUUCAAGAGGUGGUCCUGAGACAAAGACCCCUGUUUACCUGUCAGACCCCCUUUCAGGCUAACUCCACUCCCACCAUAUCACCGGAAGCAUCUGGUUGGAUCCCUGCAGCCAAAACAAUUCCUGUCCCUCAAGAAUCUGGGUCCAGCUGUAGAGUUAACGGUAGUCUUGCCCAUGCCUUUAAUUCCCUCUCCUCCAUUCCUUUCAUAGGAAGCUUUAAAAGUCGCCGCUCCUCUUACCUGCUGGCCAUCACCACUGAGCGAUCCAAGUCCUGCGAUGAAGGACUCAACACUUACAGAGAUGAGAGCCGAGUCUUCUCUAAAUUACCAAAGAGGGUCAAGAGCUUUUUCACUGAUGGGUCUUUGGACAGUUUACAAGCCCAGAAGGACCACUGCUUGAAGCGCCACUCCACAUCAGAGCUGGGUGUCAUCACCUUUAGUGACGUCCGCAAGGAGGGCUGGCUACACUACAAACAAAUCCUCACAGAGAAGGGGAAGAAGCCAGGAGGCAGCAUGCGGCCUUGGAAACGUGUCUUCAGUGUGCUUCGCCAUCACUCCCUUUUCCUUUACAAAGACAAGCGUGAAGCCUUGCUGCAUGGCGCCAGGACAGGCAGCAGCCAGGAUGAACAUCCACUACUGAGUAUUCGCGGCUGCCUGAUUGACAUUGCCUACAGUGAAACCAAACGAAAGCAUACCCUGAGGCUAACCACGCAGGACUUCUGUGAGUACCUGCUGCAGGCUGAAGACCGGGAUGACAUGCUGGCGUGGAUCAGGGUCAUCAAAGACAACAGCAAAUCAGAUAAUGAGGAGAUUGGACAAGUUCUAAUCAACAAGAAGCUGAAUGACUACAGAAAACACAGGGGGGGCAUUCCUGAAGAAGGCGGCUCAGUACGGAACAGCGAGAAGAGAUGCCUGACUGACAACAAGCCAGAUUCCUCUCCAGGAGCCCAUUCCAUGGUGCCUGACUUCCUCCUGGCUAAAACAGACAAUACUUCAGAGAACCGAACUUCAAGAGCUGAUGACAACAAGGCCCUGUGGGGUAUCAACCUUAUGAAGAAAACAAAGAAACCAGGCUGUCUGAAAGCCUUUGGGGUGAGACUGGAGGACUGCCAGCCAGCUGUUAACCAUAAAUUUGUCCCUCUGAUUGUUGAGAUAUGCUGCGGUGUGGUGGAGUCCUCUGGUCUGGAGUACACCGGAAUCUACCGCGUGCCUGGGAACAAUGCCAUGGUGUCAAGUCUGCAGGAACACCUCAACAAGGGCCUGGACAUCAAUACUGCUGAAGAGAGAUGGCAAGAUCUGAAUGUCAUCAGCAGUCUGCUUAAAUCAUUCUUCAGAAAUCUGCCUGAGCCUCUGUUCACUGAUGACAAAUAUAACAACUUCAUCGAUGCCAACCGGAUAGAAGUUGUUUAUGACAGACUGAAGACCAUGAAAAAACUGAUUCAUGACCUCCCAGAUUAUUAUUACCAUACCCUUAAGUUCCUGGUGAGUCAUUUGAAGAUGGUGGCAGACCACUCUGAAAAGAACAAGAUGGAGCCAAGAAACCUGGCUCUGGUGUUUGGUCCCACUCUGGUGAGGACGUCAGAGGACAAUAUGACUGACAUGGUCACCCACCUGCCUGACCGUUAUAAAAUAGUGGAGACACUCAUCCUUCAUCAUGACUGGUUCUUCUGUGAUGGUGAGCUGGAUCAGGACAAUACAGCCCCAGAGUGUAAGCGGGACAUUCAGCCUGUCCCUAACAUCGAUCACCUCCUGUCAAACAUUGGCAGGGCGGGCAUGCCUGGGGAUGCUUCAGAUUCCACCACCAGUGAUUCAAUUAAACUGAAGAUUUCUUCCACUUCCAAGAGAGAUCUGAAUGCCAGGGACUUCCUUCCCAAAUCCAUCAUCUCUGCUGUGACCCGCAAACGUAAAAAAUGCCUCAGCCCCCAUCUAGCAGUCAGCAGCGGUGACGAGGACUCUGAGCAUGAACUGGUCAAGAACACAAGCUAUGGAGAGAGAGAUGAAGGUCCGCUUGAUGGAAGGGAAACACAUGAACCGGUCCAAGGGGAACACAGCUGCUCAAAAAAAGAAAAGAGAAAUGGAUUAGAACAUGUGCAGACAUCAGAAGAGGGAAAAGGAGAAGAGACAACUGUGAGGAAGGAAGCAGACGGAGGGGUAGAUUCUCAGCAGAGCCACGGCAAAUACCCAAAACCUCCAGCAACAACAAGCCCACCAUCACAUACCAAGAUUCUGAGUGACGCCAAAGAACGUCCCAGCGUUCCAUUUUGGAUUUCCCGCAGCUGCUUCCCCCCUUUGCAGACCUUUAGUUGCCUCAGAGAGUGGAGUCAGGCAGCCAGUACAGGUAGGCCUACUAGGACCAGGGCCAUCUCCAUUAAUCUUGAGGUGGGCCAGGGCCAGGAGAUUGGCAGAGAUCAGAGAUCAGAUGGGGUAAAAGUGAUUAGAACUGAGGAAGUGCAAGCAACUCAUUGUGGAUUUCUUCAGCAGAGGUCCAUCACAGCAGGUUCAGCUCAAUAUCCCCUUCUUGCCUUCUCCUCUAUUCAGGAUGGACUGAUCAGCAAUCCUCUGUGGUGUUAAGGUCAGCUCCAGAUUCUCAAGUAAGGAGGAGAGCAUGGCGUCGCCACACUGUGGUCAUUUAAGCUAGCUUUUAAUUCUACUGAAACAGAAAAGUUUACCCGCCAACAUCUGCUCAACUGUGUCUCUCAAAUCGUGAUGGUGCACCCCUUUUUAUGUUUUUGGAUCUCAUGCCUCAAAAAUCUGACUUUUACUAACUAUUAGAAUGUUGUAAAUGUAAGAACAGAAUAUCUUCAUUUAUAUAACAAACAAAAAGCUAAAAAUGUGUGUUAAAAACAGCGUCCAUCUUAACUACUUACUUAGGAAAGCGGAAAAACUGGCCUGCUAUUCGCAUGGAGUAGUAAAUUGUUCAUCAGUGCAGUGAACAGUUUUCUACACCCGGAGAUUUAUAGGCUGUUACUCCCUAUUCAGGGUUCCAUAUGGGACCAACAGGAGAGAGCAGAGGCCAAGCAGAACCACAGCCAAAUCUCCCAACUCUGACCCCCCCUCCAAGUUUUGACCUUCCAGCCCUCAGCUGUUGUCUAUUAAUAAUUAGAUAGGUCUGACCCAAACUUCUCUGCCAAGGCAACUUGAUCUCUGUGCCCUUCUUCAUGUACUAUGAUUGUGUUGAGGCGUUGUUUUGUAUUUUGUUGUCUAAAUCUUUCCCAACCUUUGUUUAUAAAACAUGUAAUUUAUUAAAUUUUUUGUUUUGGA